ACCACUUACAUUCUUUCAUGGUUACUUCCACAUUGCAAGCGACUUAAUCACGACUAUCAAAUUCAAUUUCGAUAAAAGCACAAUUUACAAAAUGACUUGUCUCCCUCGAAAAACUAAAAGUAUGAUAAUUUACUUGUUGAUUGGUUGUUUAUUCCAGAUGGGCACCAUCCGCACAACACCCGUGCCUCAGCCCCAGAGCGAGACGAGUUCCGCGGCCAGCGACACGAUCUCGAAGGUGACGGACCAGACGAAUUCGAUGAUCGACAACGGGCAAAAAUAUGCAAUCGACGGAGUGGAGGGCGUGACCGAAGUGUUCAAGUCACUGAUCAAGAACACGGGCUCGACGGUAUCGGACUUGAGUAACGAGACCAGUCAAUCGUUGAAGGAGGUCGCCCAAGCCGGUAGCCGGGCCACGCUCGCACUGGGAUACCUGUGCAAUCAGCUGUUUAACGGCCUCAGCGCCACCGUGGCCACCAGUAGCGGUUACCUGGCCACCGGCGUCAGGACCAUCGACGACGUCGUUGGUGACUGGCCGGUGGUGGGCACGGUCACGGGUACUCUCGACGCAGUCACUACGCAGUUGGCCAACACCGUCAACGAGAUGUCCGUCAACGGCCGGAAGAGUCGAGAAAAGUUGUUCGAGAGACUGCGCGAACAGCUGAACCGGAAAAGCGGCCGUCUUUCGGCAACGGGCGAUGGCGAUAUUCCAGUAAGCAACGCCAGUGACAGCGCCACGGUCAACGCCGCCACCGAAGCUGCCGCAUGAUAGUGCAGUGAUGAGUGGUUGGCGACGUUUUGGCCGUAAUUUGUCGUUAUAGUGUUAAAAAAUGUAUAUUUUUUAGUCAGAAAAAAUAAGAAAAAUCCAAAAAAAGAUUUUUGUAAUUCUGUUAUCCCGAACACAUGUUUUUAUUUAACGUGUUUUCAGUAGUUUACCGUAAAAGCUGUUCGUGUGUGCAUUAUUAUAUAUAGUAAAUUAUCACAUUAUUGAACCCGUCAAAAUAUUAUGGUGCGGAGACCAUCAUGGCAGUCGUUACUUGCCUUUGUAUUAACAAUUAUAACUACUUAUCCAAUAAACGUAGGUACGCAAUUAUCACCGUGCAUUUUUCAUCAUAUAACUUAGAUAAACUUAAUCCUCAUCGGGGUGAAGCUCUACACCACUCAUAGCCAAUACUUCAAAAUGGCAAAUUUUCUCUAAAAAUAAAUGCCCACAUUAAAUUAAAGUAAACUUAAGUUCGACUAUCGUGUAGUAUUUGAGAAUAUUGUACAUCCGCUAUUUGCUCAUCAAUAAAAAUAAUGUUCAUAAAAUAA